AAGGAUGGAUAAGUUUAAGAUAGCUCUGAACAUUGCCAAUAAACAGACCAACUUUGGUUUUGGGUUGGUUGCCAUACUGACAGCAGGAGGAGAGCAGAUCUUCUCCUCAGCGGUGUUCAAGUGUCCAUGCAAUGAGUUGAACUUCCUGUACGGCAUAGUGUUUCUGCUGGUGCCUGCUUUGGCUCUGCUGCUGCUGGGUUACAUCCUGAGUAAGAAGACAUGGAAGCUGUUGACGGGGGUCUGCCAGCAUAGGGCCAAACUGUGCCACUGGAGGAAGGUGGCUGCCGCCGGGAUGGUCCUCUUUCAAAUCAGCACUGCCGCACUGGUGGCGCCUUCCAGCUGGAUUGCUGUGGCUCUGCUGAAUGGGAACUACUAUGAGUGUGCAAUGACAGGAACCAAUGUCAGCACUUACAACAAGCAUCUGUGUGGAGCUACAAGCUAUCAGGCUCAGUGUGAGAAGGAGGUGUACAGGUUCCCUUGUGGGAGGCCUAGCAAUAUACCACAGACUGACAGAGAGGAUGUCCUGCUCACCGUUAGAGCUCAGUCUCAGAUUCUCGGUUGGCUGCUCAUCGCCUCUGUCAUGUUGUCCAACCUGCUGCUGACUUGUGUGUCUCGGUGCACCUCCCCCAUCAGUUACCUGCAGCUCAAGUUCUGGAGAGUCUAUGCUCAUGAGGAGAGUGACAUGAUUGAUUCAUACGCUCCUAAACAUGCCAAAGAACUCGCAGAGAGGAACCUGAAAAGCUUCUUCAACCAGACACCACCUGUGGACAUCAUCACCCCAUCCAACAAGGACUGGGAGAAGAUCUCUUCACUCUACAAGUUUAGCACCAAAAGCCAGUACUACAGCACCUUGCACCACUAUGUGGAGAACUGUCAGAUGGGCAAUAGCGGGUUGUUGAGAAUGGCUUCAGUGAAGUCAAACGAGGUUACUGAUGACAACCCUGCUGUUCUUCAUUUUGUAGAUGAUGGCAGGAUGUCACUGUGAAAGGGUUUUUCAGCAUCAGAGGGCUGUGUUGUGGUUAGACCAGUUUGAUGAUAUCUUGAUUAUACUGACACGGUACACAGAGCGAUUCUGGCUCUUAAUCUAUAGAACCAAGGAGCAGUGACAAAUUUAAAAAGUACAGCUUCAGGAGUCAUCCCAUAUUUUUCUCUUAAAGAAUAAUAAAUUGGCCUUAGCAUUAGUAGAGUAGAGAGCCUAGCCCUGCAACUGUUCCUUACAGAAAUGCUUAAAAUUGUAUAAUAUGAAGUUUACUAUGGACAAAAUGUGAGCUGAUCUGUCUUAUCAUGACUUCAGUCAUUGUCGUCCUCAGCAUCACCAUCAUCAUUAAGUAACUGACAGCAAUCUGGGGUUCAGUAUUCUACUAAAAGACACUUUAACAUGCAAACAGGACAACUGGGGCCAAACCAGUAACCUGCUCUAUCUUCUGAGCCGCAACCUGAAAAGAUGUGUGAUAUAACAUAUACAGCAUAUUAUAAUAAUAAGAAAGAGUAUAAAGGCAGAGAUUCACGUGAGCCUUAUGUGCACCAAAUGAUUUGUUUACCAUGUCUGUGUGGGCUUAAACAGGAAAUGUGUCAUCUUCAUUCAGUGGCUGUAAGUGCAUUUCCUGUGUGCUGCUGGUAGACUGCAUACAUACAUGCAAACAUUCAGCAUAUAAGCUGAAAUGAGUAUAUUUCAUGUAAUAACUUACUGCACACUCUAAAAGGCAAAUUGAUGACUGCAAUGAUUUUGCUACUAUCAAUGGAUAGCAAUGUGUUUCAUGUAUGCAGAUUCACAGCUUUCUGUAUAAUGUGGAACAGAAACCCCAUUGUCAGAAUAUGAUCACUUCCCCAUUCUCGUCUUUGCUGCAACAAUGGUAUGUUCCCCUUGAAAACCAUUUCAACAGAGUGAACGAAUGCUCUUAUAUAUGACUUAAUGUAUUUGUCUUUCCUCUAUGUACCUUUGUCAUUGCAGAUAGAAAUUGAUUUCAUCAUGUUGAAUUCAUGCUGUUGAAAUGUGGAAUUAAGACUUGUUUGAAAAGAAACAAAUCAAAUUAUAUUUUACCAUUCCUAUAAAUGAAAGACUGCUUCAC